GCAAUGCUUGCCUUACUCCGUUCACGAAGCAAUUCUAUCCACCGAAACCCACAUUUCCUUAUUCUUUAGCAUAGCGUGAGAUAUAUACUCCGAUGCAAGGAAGAAAAGGAAAGCCCACAUCACAAAAAUAGAUUUUUGAGGAAAACCCAGAUGACUAAAGCUUCCUUCCUUUAACUUCCCCAGCUGGCUCACUCCAUCUUCUUAAGUUGAGUACACCAUAAAGAAUCAAUACGAGCUAUCAGAAGUUUGCUUACGUUCUUGCGUUGAUCUAUCCAUCUUAACUCAGAACCCAAUUCUUCCUUCUUCCCAUGGGACUCUGUGCAUCUAUGUUGCAACGGAAGCCGAAGAAGCGGUACCCCGAGCCGAGGCGGGGUAUUUCCAAAGCGCUGUUCGUCGUCAGAGGCGACCGCCGGCCGGCGAAGCCAGAGCAGGCGCCAGUGUUCCGGGCACAGGAGGACUCUUCAGGCCGGUCGCAGCUCCAGAAAACUGGCAUCAGAUCAACAGCACAUGAGAGUGUCUGGCACCAAGGCAGCACAGGCGCCCUCGACAAGAGGUUCUGCGGUCAGCUGAUGCCCCGGCUGCCAUGUGGGUGUACCAGAUCAACUGCGGCAGUUGAGCCGGAUGUGCCAACGCCCAUGCUGCCCAAGACGCCGGCGCCGGCAAACCGAGGCACGAUGCCGGACCGGACGCCGAUGACGCCGUCGUCGACGCCCAUGACGCCGAUGAGGCCUGUGUGGCAGCGGAGGAUACUGAUGGGGAUGCGAUGCGAGCUGCCGCGGUUCAGCGGGCUCAUACUGUACGACGAGCACGGCCGGCCCCUCCAUAUCGGCACGCCGGCCAGAAGAAACCAGGGGAAAAAGAAGACUACCAGGACUUCUGCGACUACAACUCUUAGGGAACUCCUAUAGGUAAUUGCAACUGGUAGAUAGAAAGGCCAAUGUGAAAUGCUUCCCCGAGGAACACUCUGUUGUAAAGCACGGAAUAUUCUGUUGUAAAGCAGCACCAUUUGUCAUAGAUAUGUCAUGCAUUCCCUUCUUUCUAAAGGAACUCGACAGAACUUGACCAA